AGCGGAUGGAAAGAGCGAAGAAGAGAGAAGGACGGAUACAAGGCGAGGCCAGGAGCGGGAAACCUUAUCUCUCCUGGCUGUCCAGCUGUUGUCUUUGUGUAUUUUUGUUUUUUUGUUUUCUUUUUACCCCAGCAUAUAUUUAACGCGAUUAUUGCCCCCUCUUUUUAAAAAGCCUAAUAAAUCCCCACAUCCGUCCUGAUGUGCCGCUGCGUCUCAUCACGAUUCGUCAAGGAUAUGCGAAGCGGCUGUUAUCACGUCGACGUUAUUUUUUUCCAUUGAAAUACGAGGAUGUACUUAAUGAACGAUGCUGGAGACAUAGGACCAACAAUGACAAGCGACAGCAGGGCUUGGUGAGCUGUAGAAAUCGAAGGAGGGACGCAGAGCAACCACGGUUUGUGCAGUUAUUUGCGCCUAAUUAUUAAUGUUUUUAUAGUCCAUCGUGCAUUUUUGCUCCCUUUAUACUUCGGAGCUCUUAAGGCCUACAGCCCGCAUUACCUCCGGGCAUGAAACCCGUGGGAAUUAUGAUACCAACGUGACGCACAGUCACACAACACAGCGGGGAAGACAUCGAGCCUCGACAGGACGGAGGGAGGGUGUGAGGUCCAGCGGAGCAGAGCUCUGCACAGUACACUGAUCACAGGGAGGAGGGAGCGGACGCCCAGUUGUUGGACAUAUCGUGCUAAUGACUGACAUAUAAUCCAGCUGGUACAGCACAUCAAAAUUUUCCUAUCGAUUUUUUUUAUUAUUAUUAUUUUUUUUUUUCAUGCAUCGGACGCAGAGGAGCAGGAGACAAGGAGUAGAGUUCAGUGGGUGAGGGCGCGGAGACGGGAUGCGGGAGACGCAGUGAGCGCGGAGGAGGAGGAAGAGGGAAACCGGAGGAUUGACGGCUCUCCUAUCGCAGCUGGUGGUGUGACGUCCUAACUCUUCCUUCCCAGCAUGGCUGUGUCACUGUGGUUCACAGGGGUGUGUGUGCUCACUCUGACUUACGUCUCCCCUUCUAGCCAGGCGAUGUCCCGGGCCGCCAUGCCAUUUGGGCUGCUGCGCCGGGAACUGGCAUGCGAGGGUUACCCCAUAGAGCUACGCUGCCCGGGAAGCGAUGUGGUUAUGGUGGAGACAGCUAAUUACGGACGCACUGAUGACAAGAUCUGUGAUGCAGACCCCUUCCAGAUGGAGAACACACAGUGUUACCUCCCGGAUGCACUAAAGAUUAUGUCCCAGAGAUGUAACAACAGAACUCAGUGUGUGGUGGUUGCCGGGGUCGACGUCUUCCCAGACCCCUGCCCCGGAACAUACAAGUACUUGGAGAUUCAGUAUGAGUGUGUCCCUUACAAAGUGGACCAAAAAGUUUUCGUGUGUCCUGGCUCACUGCUCAGCAUCCAGCCAGCCUCCUCACUCCUGGAGGCAGAACAUCAGUCAGGGGCCUGGUGUAAGGACCCCCUACAAGCUGGUGACAGGUUGUAUGUCAUGCCUUGGACACCGUAUAGAACAGAGGUGCUGUAUGAAUAUGCCUCGUGGGAUGACUUCCGGCAGAACAGAGUCACCACUACCUAUAAGCUGCCUAGCCGUGUGGAUGGUACUGGCUUUGUGGUGUACGAUGGCGCUGUGUUUUAUAACAAGGAGCGAACACGCAACCUGGUCAAGUAUGACUUGCGCACACGUAUCAAGAGCGGUGAGGCAGUGGUGGUCAAUGCCAACUACCAUGACACCUCUCCUUACCGCUGGGGAGGGAAGUCAGACAUCGAUCUGGCAGUGGACGAGAACGGCCUGUGGGUUAUCUACUCUACUGAAGCCAAUAACGGACGCAUCGUGGUCAGCCAGGUGAACCCAUACACCUUGCGAUUUGAGGGCACAUGGGCCACAGGCUUUGACAAACGUGGGGCGAGCAAUGCCUUCAUGGCCUGUGGUGUGCUCUACGCUGUGCGCUCCGUCUUCCAGGAUGAUGAAGGGCAGGCAGACAGUCGAGCCAGCAGCAACAUGGUGGUUUACGCCUAUGACACCAGCCGCGGACAGGAGCUCCCAGUUCAGAUUCCAUUCCCCAACCCUUACCAGUAUAUCUCAUCCAUAGAUUACAACCCUAGAGACAACCAGCUGUAUGUGUGGAAUAACUAUUAUGUGCUUAGAUAUCCUCUACAGUUUACUCCUCCACCACCAACUAAAGGUCCCCUCUCAUCACUGAUGACAACCGUCCGCUCCUACACAGCUACAGUCGCCUUGACUCCAGUGCGGCCAUCAGCCUCACACCCAAUUGGCGUCAUCAACAGGGGCCCUUUUGACCAGCGGCCAAUCACAGCCAUGGUUCCACUCACCCCACGCCCUCCUCUGCGUGUCCCCUUGGCUCCUGGCGGGCCCGGCCAGGUGAGCGGAUGUGAGGGCCGGGUGGCGCGAGGCGUUCAGUGGCCCCCAACUCUAAAGGGCGAGACAGUGGAGAGACCCUGCCCUAAAGGAUCUCUGGGUAUAGCCUCCUAUCAAUGCAUGUCUUCCCCGGUGGGAUGGAACUCCAGAGGACCUGACCUUUCCAACUGCACCUCUCCCUGGGUCAGCCAAAUUGCACAGAAGAUUAAGAGCGGAGAGAACGCUGCCAACAUUGCCGGGGAGUUGGUCAACCUGACCCGGGGGCGGAUCUAUGCCGGUGAUGUCAGCAUGUCCGUCAAACUAAUCGAACAGCUGCUGGACAUACUGGACUCUCAGCUUCAGGCUCUGAGACCAGCCAAUAAAGAGCCAGCAGCACGUAAUUACAACAAGCUACAGAAGAGAGAACGAACGUGCAAGGCUUAUGUUCAGGCGGUUGUUCAGACAGUUGACAACCUGCUGGGCCCUGAAGCUCUGGUGUCCUGGGCCGACAUGAGCAGUGUGGACCAGUCACGCUCUGCAUCACUGCUACUGGAUGCGGUUGAAAAAGGAGCGUUUCUAUUGGCUAAUAAUCUCUAUGAGGGCCGUUUUAGUGACAGAGCGCCAAAUAUUGAUCUGGAGGUCUACGUGCUAAAUACAGAGGCAGACAUACAGGACUUGACGUUUCCUCACUCCUAUGACAGUGACAGCAUCCUACAGAUAUCAGCAUUGGCUCUACAACAGUACAGUAACAAUGGCCAAGUAAAGCUGGUCCUUUCCCUCUAUAAGAACUUGGGCUCCUUCUUGACCACCCAGAACUCAACCUUGCGGCUGGGGCUGGGGCUGGGCCAGGGCUCAGAUGCCAGGCACAAGACCCUCGUGGUCAACUCUCAUGUCAUCUCAGCCUCUGUGCACAGAGGCUCCAACAGAGUGUACCUCACUGAACCAGUGAUCUUCACUCUCAGACACCUUCAGCUGGAGAAUCACUUUGGUCCCAACUGUUCUUUCUGGAACUCAUCAGGAGUCUCUGGGAGUGGCAGGUGGUCUACACAGGGCUGCCGCCUGUUACACACAAACAACACACACACAACUUGCGCCUGCAACCAUCUGUCCAGCUAUGCUGUCCUCAUGACAUACCAGCAACCUGCUUUCGGGGCUGGUGUAGAGGAGCUUCUGGUCUAUGUGGUUUCCUGGGUCGGUAUCUCAGUUGCGCUGGUGUGUCUGGUUACCUGCCUUAUCACCCUCUGCUGCCAGGGGGUGCCCUGGCACACAGACCACAGCACCAUUCACUGCAACCUAUGGGCCAAUCUGCUCAUCACAGAACUCCUCUUCCUUAUUGGUGCCAACAAAACCAAAUACACUGUUGUGUGCUCCAUCACUGCUGGCCUGCUGCACUUUUCCCUGCUGGCAGUGUUCUGCUGGCUGUGUUUGGAGGGGGUGGAACUGUACCUGCUACAGCGUGAGGUUUUCGAGGGACGUAACUCCAGGAGGAAAUAUUUUUACCUCUGUGGCUACUCAAUUCCUGGGCUGGUGGUGGCUGUGUCUGCAGCUAUUGAUUUCAGAGGCUAUGGAUCAAACACAGCAUGCUGGCUGCGCACUGACAAUUACUUCAUCUGGAGUUUCCUCGGACCUGUAGCCCUCAUCAUUACGUUGAACCUGGUUGUUUUGGUGAUGACCUUACAUAAGAUGCACAGCACUGCUGCUCUGAAACCAGACUCCAGUCGUCAUGACAACCUCCGGGCCUGGGCGGUGGGGUCCUUGACACUUCUUUUCCUGCUGAGUGUCACCUGGUCCUCAGGCCUGAUGUUCCUAUCUGGCCCAUCCCUCUUACUGGCUUACCUCUUUUCCUCCCUCAACACUGCCCAGGCCCUCCUCAUCACUAUACUGCACUGUACGCUCGCUAGGAAGGGUCAGAAGGAUUACGGCCGCUGCAUGCGUCUCUCGCAGUGCUGUGCAACUUCCACAUCAAGCUCUCCAGACUCAGUGAAAGGUGCUGCCCUUCGCUCCAACAGCCGCUACACCAGCAGCCAGGGUCGCAGAGCCACUGCUAACAGACAGAGCCGCAUCAGAAGGAUGUGGAAUGACACUGUUCGUAGACAGACUGAAUCCUCUUUCAUUGCUGCAGAUGUUAACAACACUCCUACUCUAAACCGAGCUGCUUUGGGAAACCAUUUCCUCACUAACCAGGUGCUGCAAACGCAUGCUGGGGCGUCUCCUUAUGAUACAAUGCUAGCCCAGGGAUACACUCAACCCUUCACCUCUACAGUAGGAACCUUCAGAAACAAGCAGAAGGGUGGUGUGUCACAGAGCCAAGAGUCCUGUGGGUUGGACAGUGUGUGUCUAAAUGGAGGUUAUACCCCUAACACCUUCACCCUGCAUGGUCUGGGGACAACGCCUGGGUCCCGAGCUGGUGUGGUGGGCAGUGCUGACCUUCUGAGGGAAGGAGGAGUUGGGAUGGGGGGGGACGACAUCUCUCCAGGCCUCCUCACACCACACGGCUCCACAGAUUUAGGCAGUGGAGGUGGGAUGCGUCGCAAUCUGUCAGACGCAGCUGCACUGGAGAAGAUGAUUAUCUCAGAGCUGGUGCAGAGCAACCUGAGGCCCUCAGUUCCCAUGCCUGUGCCUCCUGAGCGUUACGGAAGCUUGGCAAGGCCCCACCACCACGACAGGGCAGCUCUUACUCACACUGCCACUUUAACUCGACAUGCACAGCCAUCCCAAGAGGGCUGGGCUGCCACGGUGCAGCCAAACACACGGCACAACGCACAAGAGGGCUGGGCACAUACAAGACAGCACACGCUAGACACUGAACCGCACUCUACAACACGUGGACAAGAUCACGCCACAACACCACGUGUACAAGAUGGCUGGUCACACGCAGUUGUUUCUGGAGAUUCCGAUUCCCGUGAGCUGCUGAAGGAUGGGGACAGGUCACAGCUCCAAGGUACUCUCAGCCGCCGCGGGCAUCAGGACAGGCAGCAAGCAUGUCCCCCUGAUGUUCAGGCUCGGCCCUACUCUACCCUCAGCCGCACCCCAGGUACUCUGUCGCGCCACCGCAGCACAGUGGAACCAAGCGGAGUCACGGACAGAGACAGGGAGAGAGAAAGGGAUCGUUACCGGGACAGGCCUCUCCCACCUCCUCCUCCACCUCCCCCGCAGGAAUCGGAGCCCCUGUACAAAGCUCUCGAAGAGCCGCUGCUGAUGAAACAGAGAGAUGCAGGCAUAGAGGCAUGGCGAGGUGGCCAGGAAAGAGAGAAGGAUGAGACAUUUCUUCUGAAACGCGAUACAGUAAAUGACCAAUGGAGAGGAGGAGUUGAGAGGGGAAGAGAUGAAUCUUUCACCUCUCAGAAGCAAGACGGCGAGAUGGAUGAGUGGAGAGUUGGCAUUGAGAGGGGGAGAGAGGAAUCUCGAAUGUUGGAUAAGAGAGAAGGAAGGAUGGAGGUGUGGCGAGGAGGACAGGCAGAGCAGGAGGAAACUUUUAUAACUCAGAAGAAAGAUUUUGAGAUGGAUGGGUGGAGAGGUGGGAUAGAAAGAGAGAAAGACGAAUCCUUGUUUCUGAAUGACAGGGAUGGUUGGAGAGCAGGGUUUGAACGAGACAAUGAGAAACAGAAGGAUAGAGCACUGGAUGUGUGGAGAGGAGGGGUGGAUUUGGACAGGGAAGAAUCCUUCUUGUUUGAGAGCAAAGAUGGGGGUCUUGACGGAAAGAAGAGAGGGAAAGAACGAGGAUCUCUUCGGUAUCAUGGAGAACGACAGGAUUCUGAUGGCUUCACCCUGCCUUUGACCCCAGACCUUGACCUGGACCCUGACUCUUCGCCUAUCUAUGCCCGAGAUUCAAAUCCCUCCCCCCUCUACCCUGCAGAUCGAUGCUCUCCACCACUCAGCAUCUUCCCUCGAAACUCUCCCCCAACAAAUAUAUUUGCUCCUCGGGAAAAUAACUCCCCUCCUACCAACAUCUACUCCCGCCACUCCCCGCAAGUGUACAGCCGCAGCAGUUCUCCUCCACGCUUUUACACCCGCACUUCUCCCCCAACCCUCUCAUACCCUGACAGCAGCCCUGAAGGCCCAGAAGAAAUAAGCCCCACUGGUGGUCAGCCCCAGCGGCCUGCUCUGGAACUGCCCUACAGUCUGGGGCGACCCCCACUAGGUCCUCGGCCCAAUCACCUGCAAACCUUCUACCAGCCGCCACCGCUGGCUUCAAAUGGAGAGACAGGGUACUCAGCAGAGCCCACCUCUGAGGGAGACGAUGGACAGAUGCAGCGAGUGACGAGUCUGUGACUAGGGCGGUGGUGAUUGGGGAAUAGAUACCAGGGAGGAGGAGGAAGACGGUGAUAAUUUCUACAAAUAAUGAUGACCAAGCUGAUGGAAACUAGGAAAAUGUUAAAGAUAAUGAUGAUAGACUACUUUCUUAAAGGGAUACGUGUUUUUUUUUUUUUUUUUUUUAAUAGGGUUGUGUGAACCACUUAUGAAUAGUCGGUGUCUUACUUGCAGUAGAUGGCAGUCAGAGGACUCUCAGAUUGAAGUCAGAAAGGAAUUCUGACAUUUAGUUAUAUUGAAAAUUUUUGUACAGCAUCACUUUUUAAUAACUCACUUACUUUGUCACUGUUUUCUCAGCUGAGGUAUCUGUGUUGCUCCAUGUGGCACACUAUUGCAGGCACAUUGGUUGCACAAUGUAUCCUGCAGCUAAUCAGCUAUGACUUUAAAUGAUCUUGGUUUAAUCCCUAAAAUGAAUGAGACAGUAAAAACGAGCUGAAAACCUGGAGAAGCACAAACACUUAAUAUUGUUUAAAACUUUGCAAAAGUAACCCCCAGCAGUAAGUCAUCAAACAAAUGUAACAACUUCUGACACAUUCAGCAGAUCAGUGGUAAGACAAUUAGCAGCCACCAUGGUUACAAUGAUGCAUAUCAGUGCAGUCGUUCUUUAGAAGAUAGUGAAGCAAUGUCUGAAACCGAGAGCAUUCUGCAGGGUAGACCUUAACCACUCAUAGCUACCUCACACAGCCCCAUUUAAAAAGAAAAAGAAUAUCCCUUUAACAACUAUGACAGUAUCAAUGAUGGCUCCUCCCUGCUUCUAUCUCCUGAUCACCACGAGAUCUCUCCCCUUCCAUCUUUUGUUACUUUUGAUGACUGUAAUUCAUUCAUAGUUCCUCCUUUUUGUCAUCCUGUCCCUCUUUUGUCUUUCUUGAAAACCUGCUGUGUCAUUCCCUCUCAUUGGUGCUUACUCUAAUUGGUCCAUCAUCUCAGUUUCUAUUGCUUCAUCGACUGGGUGUUGCCCCUCCCUGUAGCAAACAGUGUGUCAAAAAAGCACUUGUGUGUUGCCAAAAAUCCUCUCAAAGAACAUCUGCAUGACUUAAUAGUAGCUCUAAAAAGCUACAUACCGUAGGAGGACAUGCUGAAGUAUACAUGCGAGUGUGUGUGCAUAGCUUGAUAAGCAUGUGUGUGUGUGUAUGUGUGUGUGUGUGUGUGUGCGCGCGUGUAAGGAUGUGUAUAUGUAUGCAAGAGAGAAAAUGUGUGUAUAUAAAUCAUUAUUGUAUAAUUAAUGUAUCACAUUGAAGCAUUUUAUCAAGAGCUACCAGAGGGCCUCUUACACACAUCAGCUCCUUCUGAUUUUGACUCUUGACCUGUCCUGUUUCACAUGAUGACCAAAACUUCUGUCGCUCCCCCCAAACCUGCCACUAACUGUUCGCGGUGGAACUUGUUGCCAUGGAGUUUGUCAUAGCAACUGAACACUUGACUGCAGAGCCAGAGAUCAUGUAAAACCUCAGAACUUUUCUGCAACGCCCUGAGAUCCUUGUACAUAUCGACCUCAAGUGUUCUAAUUGUCUUGUAUUGCUAUUGAAGUUCCAGUAAACAUGUGAAAUAAAUGUUCCUGUCUUUCUGUUUGUGUGCACACAGAGAGAUGGAUGCAUUCUGAAAAUAUGUUAUAUUUAUAUUAGAAAACAAGACAAGAAAUAUUGAUUAGCUGCAUAAAACACAGAACUGAACAGCUUCCAGAAAUAAGGAUUGUCCUAUGCUGUAAUAGAAAGCACCAGUAAACGUUGCUUUAUAAUCUGACUACAGACAGAAAUACUGUUAUAAACACUUUUAUCGAACACCUGCAGCUACUUUACAAAAACCAAAAACAGCUAUUAUGAACCAGGAGAUACAAACUGUUCAACACAUUAUAGCAAGCAUGAUUAAAGAUUUUCACCAAGUCAGAUGAUUAUUUAUCUAAAUCUGAAUGAGCAUUAGAAUUUAGGUCACAUGACCUGGUCCUGGUUAGAUGUUAUCAUGUAGUCAGCCUGGUCUGUAAUCAGGGACAGUAGCGUGUGGGACAAGCUAACUGGAAAGAAAAUAAGUCAUUUUUAGUAAAAAACAAUAAUUGUGACUAUUGUCUUAAUAUGCUCAUAGUGUUUUUCAGCAACUUUUAAAAAAAUAUGUAUUUCUUAAAAAGGUCAAUGUCUGUUAUUCUGAUUUUGUUUCAAACAUGUUUACAUCACAACAAAAAUACUAAUAAAAAAGACUUUUAUUGCACAGGUAC